AAUUAAUGCCAAAAUGGUUCCCUUGCCUUGUGGUGCAUCUCAUCUUUGAUAAACCUUCCGUGUAUACUCUCUGUUUAUUCAUAUGAACAACUUCCUGUCCUACACGUGGAUUUGGUGUCAAUCGACACUAAAUCAACGAAUUGUUGGAAUCUUUAAGAUCUUGGAUUUUCCUUAAUUUCCAUUUUUCUUGAAAAACAAUUACAAAAAGAAAUUAAAAAUCACAGGAAGAUACAAAAUCUAAUAAAAUAAAGAAAAAUAAUUCUUCCUUAUCCGUAUAAUUUACUCAAUCAAAUCCACCAUUCCGAUUCUGACUGUGUUCUACAUCAGCUUCUAUAGAAAAAGUGCAUACAAUGUUAUCUUCUUCACAAUUUUCAAUACAACUUAUAUUAUUAUAUAUUCUCGCCCAUAUGAAUUGCUUACCCUUUUCAAUUUCUGUAGCUGAUUUUAAUUUCUUCCCAGAUUAAAAUUUUCUUGCUGUUCAUUUCUUCAAAUUUGAUUCUGGGGCUCUUGCAGAAGACAUUUUUACUUUGGGUUCUGGUCAAUUUUGGAGGUUUGCCACUUAAUUUUUCUUUAUAUUUUGUGCUACUUUCUGGGUUUAUUACUUGUAAUUUAGUCGCAAUUUCAUUGAUUAGGGUAAAGAAAAUCCUCUAAUUAGGAUAUUUUAAUAAUUUCUGAGCUGAUUUUAUCCUAAUUUGCAAUACCCUUGUGGAAAGUUUUGAAUUUAUUUUUGCUGGGAAUUGGGUUUUGGAGUUUGGAAUUUUGGGUUGAUAUUGCCCAGAUCAUAAUUGUUGGAGGUUGUUGAAUUGCGCAUACCAUCUUGUAACUUGUUGGGUUUAGCUUAAGGCUUGAUUGUAGCCAUGGAUGAUAUAAGUAAUGAAGCAACUAUUGAUUUAUUCUCCAUUGGACCUAGUUCAAUUGUUGGUAGGACAAUUGCCUUUAGAAUACUAUUCUGCAAGUCAAUGUCUCAUUUUGGGUACCAAUUAGUUCGAACUAUAAUGGAGCUCAUGGGUAGGUUUAAAGGUUAUGUUGGACCGGUAUUUUCGUGGUUUCAUCCCCGGAAUCCUCAGGGGAUAUUGGCAAUGGUGACCAUUAUAGCUUUUGUGUUGAAACGAUAUACGAAUGUGAAGAGGACGGCGGAGAUAGCUUAUAGGAGGAAGUUUUGGCGGAAUAUGAUGAGAACCGCGCUUAAUUAUGAGGAAUGGUCGCAUGCUGCGAAAAUGUUGGAGAAAGAAGCCUCGAAAUUGAAUGAAGCGGAGUUCUACGAUGAGGAGCUUGUGAGGAACAAGCUCCAAGAGUUGAGGCACCGUCGUCAAGAAGGGUCAUUGAGAGAUAUUAUCUUUUGCAUGAGGGCUGAUCUUAUGAGGAAUCUCGGUAAUAUGUGUAACCCCGAGCUUCAUAAAGGGAGGCUUCAAGUCCCCAAACUUAUAAAGGAGUACAUUGAUGAAGUCACUUUACAAUUGAAAGUGGUUUGUGAGUCAGAUUCAGAAGAGCUGAUUUUGGAAGAGAAGCUCGCAUUCAUGCAUGAGACAAGGCAUGCUUUUGGUAGGACAGCAUUGCUUUUAAGCGGUGGUGCCUCUCUUGGUUCCUUCCAUGUCGGUGUUGUGAAAACGUUGGUGGAUCAUAAACUCUUGCCUCGUAUAAUUGCUGGCUCUAGUGUAGGAUCUAUCAUGUGCUCUGUAGUUGCUACUAGGUCUUGGCCUGAGCUUCAGAGUUUCUUUGAGGAUUCAUGGCAUUCUCUUAAGUUUUUUGACCAAAUAGGGGGUGUUUUUACAAUUGUUAAAAGGGUUAUGACACAAGGAGCCGUUCAUGAGAUUAGGCAGCUUCAAAUGUUGUUGAGGAAUAUCACAAGUAAUAUGACUUUCCAAGAGGCCUACGACAUGACUGGGAGGAUUCUUGGUAUAACAGUAUGCUCGCCUAGGAAACAUGAGCCUCCCCGUUGCCUAAAUUACUUGACCUCGCCUCAUGUUGUUAUAUGGAGUGCUGUGACAGCUUCUUGUGCAUUUCCUGGCCUUUUUGAGGCUCAAGAACUGAUGGCUAAAGAUAGGUUUGGUGAACUUGUACCUUAUCAUCCUCCUUUUCAUCUUGGGCCUGAGGAAGGUACAACCCCAUCUCGCCGAUGGAGGGAUGGUAGCUUGGAGAGUGAUUUACCCAUGAUGCAUUUGAAGGAGCUUUUUAAUGUUAAUCACUUUAUUGUUAGUCAAGCAAACCCUCAUAUUUCACCUUUGUUGAGGUUGAAAGAAUUCGUAAGAGCUUGUGGAGGCAACUUUGCUGCCAAGCUUGCUCAUUUGGCUGAGAUGGAAGUGAAACACAGAUGCAACCAGAUAUUGGAACUAGGUUUUCCCAUGGGAGGGAUUGCUAAAUUGUUUGCUCAGGCUUGGGAGGGUGAUGUCACAGUGGUGAUGCCUGCCACGCUUGCUCAGUACUCAAAAAUUAUCCAGAACCCAUCAUAUGGUGAACUCCAAAAGGCAGCAAACCAGGGGAGAAGAUGCACUUGGGAGAAGCUUUCUGCCAUCAAAGCCAAUUGUGCCAUUGAACUUGCUUUAGACGAAUGUGUUGCAGUUCUCAACCACAUGCGUAGAUUGAGGCGGAGCGCUCAGCGAGCAGCUGCUGCAGUUGCUUCUCAGACCCACACUCCAAAUCUUUCCAACACUGUUAGAUUCAAUGCUUCAAAAAGAAUACCAUCGUGGAAUUGUAUUGCUCGAGAGAAUUCAACUGGAUCUCUCGACGAAGAAGUACUCGCUGAAGUUGCAUCCUUUCAACAAGCGGGUGGAUCUUCUUCAAGCCGCCAUCAUAGAACGUUCCGGAACAUACAUGAUAGCAGUGACAGCGAGUCUGAGAACAUAGAUCUCAACACAUGGACAAGAUCUGGUGGACCCCUCAUGAGGACUGCCUCUGCUAACAUGUUCAUUGACUUUGUUCAGAGUUUGGACAUGGACGCUGAAACAAAGCAAAGUCUGACAGGACAUCUGAACUCUGCUGUAAUGCAAACAGUGUCCAGGGAAUCUAGGGGAGCCGCACUAGACAGGAACUCUGAGAACGCAGAUCAUGAGUUGCGAGAUUCUGGAAGCCGAGCAGGGCUGAGCGGAUCUAGUAGUAUUACUGUUACCGAAGGAGAUCUUUUGCAGCCAGAGAGAAUCCAUAACGGGAUAGUGUUCAAUGUUGUUAAAAAGGAAGACCUCACGGUGUCAGGUCGGAGUAACGAUUCUGAGAGCUAUACAAGCUUGCCUAGCCCAGCUGAUGAGUGUGUGCAAAUUGAAUGUCCUGAAAGGGAAACUGAUGGAAGCUCAGACUCUGAACACGAUGAUGAUGAUGAAAGAAUAUCGAGGAAACUUGAUUCUUAUACUAUGCCAGAAGAAAAUGGAGACAGUGCCUCUACUUCAGAAGAAUCGUCGAGAAUUGAGGUUUAAGGUUCAUAUUGUUAAUACUUGGUAUUUAUUAUUGCUUGGAAACCAAGAUUCAUCAAGAAACAACUUCAAGCCGCUUUUAGGAGUUGAAGUUGCCAGCCACGCAUGGUGUGAUCAGUAUUAAGUAGUUUGAGACACAUACUAGUAUGAGCGCUCAAGAAGAGGUAAACUUAGAUGACAUAUAUAGUAUACCAUUAUCAUUUGCCAUGUUCUUGUUGUGGUGUAAAUAACUAGAUAUGAUAUCUAUUGUUGUAUGCUAUGAGCAAGUUAGCAAUCCCGUGACUCCGUGAGGCCAUAUCCCUUGCUCUUUUGUUGCUUUAUCAAGUUUAUCCGGGCAAAUUUGUACAGGUGACAAUGGAAAAACCUAAAUUGCAGAUGAAGGAUGAUGCAGUUUGAAGUUUGAAGUUGGUUAUGACCUCAAUUUGUAUGGUUGUAUACUUGUAGCUACAUUUGUUGAUCUUUUUUUUUUUCUGAGGGGUUGCUGAUUCUAGUCUAGGAGAUAUGUACUGCAUUUAUCUUUAUGUUAUAUCAAUUCUUUUUCGGACUUUGAAGUUA